AUGCAUCCGUUGAAUUUGCCCUGGAGGGUCCUGGUGACCGCUCCCCUGGCUUUAUCCGUCUUCAGCACUUUGUCUCAAUGUGGUCCCUCCGUCAACGUUGCCCUGAAAGCAUCGUUCUCCUCAGCCCCUUAUUUAGUUGAGUUGCUAGAAACUGCCGCCCUCGAGAACUCCUCCUCCUAUUUCCCACUGCUCGAUCGCAUUGCCGAUGGUGCCUUUGCAGACUUGACAUCAGAGCAAGAGUUGUACAACAAGUUCAUUGAUAUUCUGCAGCAGGGUGGCCAUCUUGCUGACCCAGAAUCACUCUCUUCCUUUAAAUUCGCUCUCGCUCUUCAUGCCGCCGCUCCUAGAGUCGAGGCUCACUUUCAAUAUUACAACACAUCAAUACAGCCUCAUCUACCUGCCGCACAGGAUGCUGCUUGCCCUGUUUGGGUGUACCUGGAUGGACAACAAUACUGCUCGCCCGCCCUGGAUCGCUCUCAACAAUCGGUAGAUCUACCCAAUGUCGAUGAUGAGCUUCCAUUUGAUCGUGUGCUCGGCCAGUCGUCUGAGAAUCCGUCGUCCAUCCUUUACGCUGACAUCACCCACCCUUUGUUCGGCCAAUUUCAUCAAGUGGUCAGCCAGACCGCCCGUGAUGGCAAGACUUCAUAUCGAGUGCGAUAUCGGCCUUCGACCUCACUCGAGUCUAAGCCUCUCUACGUUAGCGGCUACGGGGUCGAGCUGGUUCUGAAGCGAACUGACUAUAUUGUUGUUGACGACCGAGAUGCUCAAAAGUCCGACUCCAAAGAUCCAGGACAACAAUCCCUUGAGACUGCUGAGGAGGAAGAACUAACUGACUUGAAGCCAUUGACCGCGUCAGAAGUUGCUAAUCUAGCACUAAAUGCAGCCAGCUUUAUUGCCGCCAGUACCAAUCCGCUGGACACUCUCCUUCAAAUUUCCAGCGACUUUCCAAGGUAUUCAUCUCUACUUGCCGCCUCAAAUGCUAGUAAAGAAUUUGUUACUGAGCAUCGCGCCAAUCGUGAACAAUUUCUACCUUCAGGAUAUAACGUUCUCUGGAUUAAUGGCGUCCAAAUCGAACCUCGUCAGAUCAAUGCCUAUUCUUUAUUGGACCACCUGAGACGGGAACGGAAAAUCAUUGCUAGUGUCAAAGAUAUUGGGUUAACUUCCUCUCAAGCUAUAAGCCUGUUGUCCAGUGAGGUCAUCGCAGAGGCUCAGGCCAAUGAAACUCCGCAAAGAUUUGACUGGAGAGAUCAGACCGAAUCCGGGACCGAGAAGGUGUUGAUGUGGUUGAAUGAUCUCGAAGUGGACAAAAGAUAUGCACAAUGGCCAUCGAAUCUACAUUCUCUUUUCCAGAGAGUUUAUCCAGGACAGCUGCCACAGCUCGCUCGGGACAUCCAUAACCUCAUCGUCCCAAUCGAUAUGAACGAUCUCAAGGAUAUAGAACUCGCAGCAACUUCUUUGCAAAGUUUGGUCAGAAGGCUAGUCCCUUUGAGAAUCGCUCUUGUACCUGUAGGUACUGGUGAGGUUGCAGACACUUAUGGAAAGCUUUCUUACUACAUCCUGGACACCUACGGCUUGGCAAUAUUGAUGAACUUCUUCUCAGAUGUUGUCUCAGCCAAGAAACUGUCCUUGUCUGCUGCCGAAAAAAGCUUCGUCGCAGUUACCAAGGAACGUAACCCUCGAGAAGGCUCAGAACCCUUGUCAUUCGAAGAUGUCUUGAAAUCUGAGCAUUUUCGUCGGCGUCUCGAUGCUCGUGAUUCCUACACUGAGCGACUUGCGAUUGAAGGUCCUUCAAUUCCUUUUAUGAUAAACGGUGUUGUGUUGCCACGGACCGAUAACUGGUUCGAGUUGAUGAGCGCCCGUCUUUACGCCGAUCUCCAAUUACUUCAACAAGCUGUCUAUCAAGAUGUUAUUCUAGAGGACUCAUCGGUGCCUGAAUUUUUUCUGGUUGAAGCGACUCCUCGCCGAAAUCAAUUGGUUUUCCCUCACGAUCCCAAGGACGUCAAAAUUGCCGACGUUAGCUCUUUGGCUGUCACUUAUGCUGAAGAUUUUGCUAACCUCCCUCGGAUUCUUGGUUGGGAAGCUACUUUAUUGAGUGAUCGUGUACAUCUUCUCCUGUCAAUCGAUCUCAAUUCCGCCGAUGGCCUGGCAUUACUCUCAGAGGCAAUCGCACUGCAGCAUCAGCGGCCACACACAGAUGUGGUGAUAUUACACAACCCAGUCCUUGAGUCUACACCAUCUGAAGUUGCUUGCCAUAUCUUUUCGAUGGUCGAGGAUGGUCGGCGGGAUGUCCAUAUCGAAAAGUUAUGGGAUCUGCUUGGGGGAGAGCAGCCUCUACCGACGCUGGCCGAUGACGCUAUCCAUGCUUGUAAAAAAUAUUGGGCAGGCAAACGAGAUCUGCUCCAUGACAUUGGCUUUUCUCCAGGCGAGAACGGCCUUUGGGUAAAUGGCAGGAUAAUUGGGCCCUUGUCAAUGACAUUUACCUCGGUAGAUAUGGAAGCUUUACUUGAUUUCGAACGAACCGAAAGGAUUGCUCCUGUUACUACUGCGAUUACAAGCCUAGGCUUGGAGCAACAAUUUACGGAUGCUCUGAAUCUGGCAAAGGUUACCUCCUUGAUCGCUCGAUCCUUGAAAUCUGAUCUUCCAGAAGGGAUGCGUGAAUCCGCCCCGCUUAUUCGCAUGGACCGCUUCAAACGAUGGAAUAGCACUCACACGGCCAUCAAUAUCGCCAACUCGGAGGACCCAAGUGUGCAAGUAGUGGCUGUAGUUGACCCAGCCUCGGAACUUGUGCAGCAAUGGAUCCCUAUCAUUCAAACAUUAUCGCAACUGAGUGGAGUCAAUGUGAAGAUCUUUUUGAACCCAAAGGACAGAUUGACAGAGCUUCCAGUGAAAAGAUUUCUCCGCCAUGUUAUAAGUGCAGAGCCCGCAUUCGAUUCAAACGGGUCUCUGUCAAACACUGGGGCUUUCUUUAAAGGCAUUCCAAAAGAUACAUUGUUCAAUCUUGGGAUGAUUGUUCCUCCUUCUUGGCUUGUUGCGCCGCAAGACUCUAUCCACGACUUAGACAAUAUCAAGCUCAGCAGCCUAGCAGAAGGCCAAAAUGUCGAUGCAAUUUACGAGCUGGAACACAUUCUCAUUGAAGGCCAUGCCAGGGAUGUGACCAGUGGGCCACCACCUCGAGGAGUACAAUUGCUCCUAGGGACCGAGGAUGAGCCUCACUUCACAGACACAAUCGUCAUGGCAAAUCUAGGGUACUUCCAAUUCAAAGCCAACCCGGGUUAUUGGCAUAUAUCUUUGAAACCGGGUCGAUCGUCAAAGAUAUUCAACAUCGACAGUGUUGGGCAAAAUGGAUAUUCCGCCCAUCCUGGUGAUGAGACCACCUCGGUCGCACUGCUCUCGUUCCAAGGGGUAACACUCUUCCCUCGACUCUCUCGCAAGCCUGGAAUGGAGGAAGAAGACGUCCUUGAAGCCGCAAGUGGAGCCAUGGACUAUUUCAGCAAGGGUGCAUCAUUUGCCUCGUCAGCACUGUCAUCUCUGGGGCUCACAAAAGCAACAUCCACCAAUGCCGAGGUCAAUAUCUUUUCUGUUGCAUCCGGUCAUUUAUAUGAGCGUAUGCUGAACAUCAUGAUGGUAUCUGUUAUGAAGCAUACCAAACACACAGUCAAAUUUUGGUUCAUUGAGCAGUUUCUCUCACCAUCCUUCAAAGCCACCCUUCCUCAUCUUGCAGAACACUAUGGCUUUGAAUAUGAAAUGGUCACUUACAAAUGGCCCCACUGGCUUCGAGGUCAAAAAGAGAAACAACGGGAGAUCUGGGGUUACAAGAUUCUCUUCUUAGAUGUACUCUUUCCCCUGGAUUUGGACAAGGUCAUUUUCGUCGAUGCUGACCAAAUCGUGAGAACUGAUAUGAUGGAAUUGAACAAGGUGGAUUUGAAAGGUGCGCCAUACGGAUUCACUCCCAUGUGCGACUCGAGGACAGAAAUGGAGGGAUUCCGUUUCUGGAAACAAGGCUACUGGGAGACAUAUUUGAGAGGGAAGCCAUAUCAUAUCUCAGCGCUCUAUGUGGUUGAUUUGAAGCGAUUCCGACAAGUUGCUGCAGGUGACCGACUCAGACAGCAGUACCAAGCCCUCUCGUCAGACCCAAAUAGUCUGAGUAACCUCGAUCAAGACUUACCCAACCAUAUGCAACACAAUUUGCCAAUCCAUAGCUUACCCCAAGAGUGGCUAUGGUGCGAAACGUGGUGCAGCGAUGAAAGUUUGGGCAAGGCAAAAACGAUUGAUCUUUGCAAUAACCCACAAACAAAGGAACCCAAGCUAGAUCGGGCAAGAAGACAGGUCCCUGAAUGGACGAUAUAUGAUGAGGAAAUCGCAGCGGUCAUUCGAGACGCUCAAGUGGAGACCGCUCGAGGAAGUGAGGUACCGGAGCGAAAACGCGACGAGUUAUGA